AUGGCAUCUCCCUUUGAUCUAACUUAUAUUUAUAAACUUUCAAUUAUCAAAAUAAAAACCAUCGGUAAUAAUCCUCCUUCUAAUAAUAAAAAUCAUAAUAAAAAUUCAUCAACUUUUCCAUCAUCAUCUCCUCGUAAAGAUACUAGUACUUUACGUAAAUUAGUAUUAAUUAAUACUUUUCUUGAACGUAAAAUGGCUUUUUACGAAGAACGUUUAUUAGCUAAACGUAAUUCUGCUAAUAUGAAUAUUGGUUGUAGUAAAUUUAAAUCAACAACUAUUUCAAAAGGAGAUGCAAAAAAUAUUACGAUGAUGAAAGCAACAACAACAACAACAAUAUCAACAACAACAAUAUCAACAACAACAAUAUCAACAACAACAAUAUCAACAACAAAAAUAUCAACAGCAACAGCAACAACAUCAACAUCAACAUCAACAUCAAAAAAUAUUCAAGCAACAACAAUUGCAACAACAACAAAAGAAAUAUCAACAACAACAACAAAAAUAUCAGCAACAACAACAACAAAAAUUUCAACAACAGCAACAACAAAAAUUUCAACAACAGCAACAAAAAUCAUUUCAAAAUUAUCAUUAUCAACAACAAAAAUCUCAACAUUAUUAUCAACCUCAGCAUUUUACAUCACAAAAAAAUUAUUCUCAUGA